UAUUCUCUUGGUCUUCUUGAUCUAGACUCUUUCCUACGGAGAAAGAAGAAUGAAGGAAAAGAACGGAGAGGUACCAAUGGAGUCGAAGGAGCAGGUCGAGCGUAUAAAGGAGAUAUUACCCAACUGCACCGAACGAGAGAUUUACGAAGCACUUGAUUACUGCAAAAUGAAUUCUGACGACGCUGCUGAGAGGCUCCUUUCUCGAGUGGAGACGGAGAAAAACAGUGGCGUGGUACCAAUGGAGGGGAAGGAGGAAGUUGAGCAUAUAAAGAAGAUGGUGCCCCAUUUCGCCGAAGAAAUGAUUUGUGAAGUGCUCAGGCAAUGCGACAUGGACUCCAACCUUGCCAUUCAGAGGCUCCUUUCUCAAGAGACCGGGAAAGACAGAGAGAGGUUACCAGUGGAGAGGAAGGAGCAAUUCGAGUGUACAAAGGAGAUGGUUCCCCAUUUGACCGAAGAAGACCGAGACAGGGUGCCGAUAGAGUGGAAGGAGCAAGUUGAGCUAAUAAAGGAGAUGACGCCCUGUUUCACCGAAGAGAUGAUUUUCAAAAUGCUCGAGCAAUGCUACAUUGACUCCAACCUCACCCUGCCGGGACUCCUUUCUCCAGGAUCACCGUUGAACGAUUUUUCAUCACCUCCGAGCAGUGCCAAGUCAUCAGUCACUUCUCAGUUGCACACUGUAAGUUUAGACAAAGGGAAGGAAUUUGUCCAGCCCACGGAUGAUGACAACGCAACUACAUCAAGAGGUAAUGUCCGAGCCUUGCGUGUCAAGGGUCCAUGGAGUUCCCAUGCAUUACAAGCUGCUUCUGAUCCCAUGGCUCUUGGAAAUAAUGUGGCACUUGGAAGUUCUGAGUUUCUGGAAUAUGAACUCUUCCCACAACCAACACAACAGUGUGGAAUUCAGUUGACGCUGAAUGAUUUGGUGGCAAAUGCUGAUCAACCGUCAGAACUUCGUCGUCUCCUUAGACUCCCCUUUCUAGAAACCCCAUCUGUACCCUCAAGAUCCAGUGCUGCAGGGUCUCGGCAUCCACGAACAUCUGCAUUAGAGAGUAGCAGUCCAUCAGAAGCUACCCCAAGUAAUUCGUGGACAUCUUGCAUUCAUCCUUUUAGGGAUCCUCAAGAUCUGGUCCUUGACUCCCCAUUUGCACCCUCAAGACAAACUCCUAUACUGUGUCCAGAGAGAAUGUCAGAGAAUGCACCACGUUUUACACCAGGUGCUUCCAUCCAUCAAUCAUCAGAGAUCCUGCUUCAAGGCGAUAACUUGUGCACUUACCGUCAAAAUACACACCCCAACAUACAACCGAGCUACUAUCAGCCUCAGCUGCCCCUGCAAUAUGGUUACAUGAAUAGGGGUCAGUAUAUGCAUCAGAACUACCGAUAUGGUAAGACAUCUCCUCAACAAGUGGUGUAUCAAGGUGGCAGCUCAUCUAGGGCCAGUGCUGAUCCUUCUACAGGAAGUACCCCUGACUGAUUUCUGCCUAACUCACCUGCCCCUGUUGAUAUUUCCCGGGCCCAACAGAGCUCUUCAUUGCAUGUUCAGGCUCAGAAUCAACAUGGAAAUGAUUAUCGCCCUGUUGGAAUGAUAAAAAAUAAUUUGGCACCUGCUUGAUAGCUUUUCUGUACUGUACUUCCAAUCUCACUGAAAGUUCUCUCAAUUGUGUCGGCUUUUUCCAGGGCUUUAACUUCACCACAAGGAACAAUCAGCCUGAUCCAGCAGUGAUGUCUACACUCCCCAGACAACAACAGGGUAGCUUGCCAGGAUGGGUGCCUCUGCCUUCUGAUGGUAAUAACCGGAGCUGUGAUAUGCCAUCAGUUCAACAAGAAGUGUAUAAAGGUUGUAGCUUGUCUCGGGCCAAUGCUAAUGCUUCUGGCUGGGAAAGCUUUCAGGGCAUGGGAAGUACAUCUUAUCAAACUCCACCAAUUCCACCUUAUUCACCUAUCCCCUUUAAUUUGUUCUGGACCAGCAGUGACUCCCCAUUGCACGCUGAGGACCAGUAUGAAAAAUAUUUAUUGCCCUUCAUUAAUUCCUGGAUCGGUCGCGACUCCACAUGGCAGCUUCCCUAGAUGGGCGCUUGAGCCUGCUAAUGCUAAUAAUUGGCGCAGUGGUGAAGGGCCAUCUCCGCAAUAUGAUGAUCAAGGCUGCCUGAGCUUGUAGAGUCCUGGAAUGAGGGUCAGGCCAAACCAUCAGCAGCGAAGCUCGUAUAAGAAGUCCACAGGGAAUUUGGACCUAUCAAGCAUCCAACCACCUCGAUAUCUAGGACCUUAACGCUGAUCACAGCUGGUUAUUCUGCAUUUACCAGGAGGGGAGGGCCUUUUGCCUAGUUCGAAAUAGGAGCAUUAGGGGAUAGCUGUUUCAUCGGGAAGACAUGUUAGGUGGUUGCUUACCCAUUUUUACACACUUCACUACCUCCUUUGACUGGAAAGAAAGUAUAGGUUUUUGCUUGUCCAUUUGCACAUACUCUUUUUUUGUCCAACUGU